GACAAACACUGCCCGUCUCAUAAAAUUAACCUGUGUAGCUUUUCAUACUGAUUAUGUCAAUUGAUAUUUAAGCGUAAAAGCAUGUUUAUAGGUUCACAUCAUGCAUUUGAAGCUUUUUCCAAAAAUUCCUGAAUCUUGCAUAACUUCUACAGCCAUGUGCAAGUGUUUGAGUGUGUGUGUGUGUGUGUGUGUGUGUGUGUGUGUGUGUGUGUGUGUGUGUAACAACGGAAUCCUGAUGGUCAACUGCUGAUGAGAUCUCAUGGAGAAAGUCAGGGAGAGAGUUUUAAUCCUCCCAUAAUCCCUUUCUGUAUCAGACCCCUACCGAGAAAGGAGGCUGAAAAUAAAAGACUCGAGAGCGAGAAAGCAAGAGUCGGGGGGAGUGAGAGAGUGUUUUGCUGUGUGAGUAAAAAAAGGAGAGGGAGGGCCCUGGCUGUGGAAUGCCCAGCGAGUCAUGUGACUGUUUACAUCUGAGACGAAACCGAAGAGAGGCACGAGUGUGUGAGCAGCGCAGGAGAAAUGGCCUGUGCACGCCCACAUACGCACUCAUACGCAGACAUGUAGGCUCUCUGAGCACCCCACACACACACACACACACACACAUGCACACCCACACACUCACGCAGAAAACAGAAACAUAAGGAUGGAUCAGAGAUUAGGAGCUGGUGGGUAUCCCGACAGUCCGCCCAGCAGACCCAGAGAUGUGCUGGUCAAAUCAGCCUCAGCAUAUGCAGAUAUCCAAUGGGAACAGCCUCAUCAGCCUGAAAUAACAUACGAUGACCCACUGCGAUGCCCACGCAGGAAUAUCCUUCCUGUGGCCAGCUACGCCCCUCAUCCUGAUUAUGCGCAAGGGGACGAGGAUCUCAUCAAGCCCAAAAAGCUGAUUAAUCCAGUGAAAGCUUCCAAAAGCCACCAGGAGCUUCACCGAGAGCUGCUUAUGAACCACAAACGGGGUGCGGAGAAUAAACCAGAGCUCCAGCGUGUAUUGGAGCAAAGGAAGAGAGAUCAGAUGAUCAAACAGAGAAAGCAAGAGGAGGAGGCUCGGAAGAAGAUCUCACCUCUGGAGCAAGAGCUUCUCAAGAGGCACAAACAACUGGAGGAGUUGGAGCAAGAGCAGGAGCGUCAGGAGGAGUGCUCUCGCAGUGCUCCUGAAUUCAUCAAGGUCAAGGAGAACCUGCGCAGAACAUCGCUCAUGAGCACUGGAGAGAAAGAGGUGUAGAGGAUGAGAUCACAACAGAUCUGUGUGCUUCUUUCUCACUCUUUCUGUCUUUCUCACUUUCUCUGUCUUACACAAAUAUAUGUUCCUGCUGGACAAAACUUGUGUCACCAGAACCUUAAUGUCAACAUGGAAGACAGAAGAUAGAGCUCCAAAGCUGAAAAAAGGACAUAAAUUGAGUUGAGAUUGUCUUGAUGGAUUCAGACAUUUUCUGAAAGUCUUUUAUUCUGAGACAGACGUGGUCAUUGGAUAUGAACGUUCUAAUGACGUUGUGUUUCUCUGCAGAGGGACUAGAAUGUCUUUUAUUAACUUCUAACUUCAGAUCUUUAUACCGUAUACAAUCAGUAUUAUUACAUGUCAUUGGAUUCCCAACUGCCAAGUGCACUGCACAUCCAAGACAUUUGAGGAAUCAAUGGCUGAAAUACAAUGGCUGCGUCCGAAUAUCCCUACUACCCUACUAUACAGUAGGCGAGAAAUUCCCAGAUGACCUACUGCUUCGGCCUUGAUGCUUCAGUAUGGAACCAUUGGACACUGUGGAUACUGCGCUGUCCCAUAAUGCAGUGGGACUGGCACAGAAGAGCUGUCAGAAUCCGGGCUGCGUAGUACGUCCGGAUUGUAUUCAUGCUUACCACUUAUUCUGAUCAGUACGUACUGUAUCAAUGGCCAAGCAGUAGGUACUGAAUCGAAUGCAGUAGGUACUGUCAUAGUACGCGAUUUCGGACACAGCCAGUGUUUUUUGUUUGUUUGUUUUUUUUCCCUGAUGUAUAACAAUCAGCACAAGUCACUUUUGUUCAUAAAUGGAAUGAAUCACAUUUCUCACUUCGGAUGUGAAUAUAUCUACAAGGCUGCACGCUUGUGCACGUGUCUGCUAAAAUCGGACCGUAUCCUAAUUACUGUGAGAUCACAAUGAAUCAGUGAUGGCAGACCUGCCUACCUGGAAGAGGAGUAAUGCAUCGACUCGCAAAAGGAGGUGGAGUAAAAAUGCAGUAAAAAAAAAAACUUAUUUGAUAUAGUGCUUUUCCAGAUUUCUUGUCUAAUCAAUCCGUACAGGAUUUUGGGGGGAUUUUUUUUGUGAUUGUUGCAACCCAAAAUGCUCGAUUUUGCUGUGGGUUUUUUCAGAAUUUGCAACGCAGCUUGCUGAGUUUUUCUGUGCUUUUAUGCGGAAAAACUACUUGAAUUGGCACGGUCUUUCCCACUGAUGUUUGUUGGUAAACAAGACCUUUUAACUGUACUCAUGUUCGACGCACGUGAAUCGUAGAGGGCUUUGAUCGAAUGUGCAUUGUGAUGACGUCACAUGAUGCGUCUAACGCAAAUCUGCUGCAAAUCUGCGGUUAUUUAGAAAAAUUGCAAGCUCCUCCGAAUAUUGCGGAGUUUGCUUGAUUUCGCGUUAAUGUCUGCGAUUGCAGAAAUGUUAAAUCCUAGAGGGACUGGCUAAUUUCCCUCGGAGAAACUGCGAAAUGGUUCCGCGUGGCUGUUGAUUUCCUGCUCAAACUGUUUAAAUGUGUCUGAGCACUGACCGUUGAAAUUAUUUUUGAAAUGUUAGGUUUAAAAAUUUUUUACCGACAAACUUUUUUGCCCAUUUUUCUCUUUCAGCCAAAAACCAAAAAGUGCCGUUUUUGACAAUUUUCCAAAGUCAGGUUGAGAAAAGGCAAAAACAUUACUAAUAUUGGAAAGAGGCCAGGGCUUCCAGGGAGUGUCAGUUAAUAUUGGAGUGUUCAAAACACGUAUCGCAACUGUCAAUCAUAACAGAUUCACAUGUUGGCUGGCUCGUCUGCUGUUUUUAGACUUCUGUUUUUGCAGAUUUCUGAGUGAUAACUCGUAGUUUCCUGCUAUCGUGUGAUGUUACAAUGUGAAUCUCCUCCUCAAAAUGUGUGAAGGUUGGCAGGUCUGUGAUGGUGUUAACCCAGGAUUUUUUUUUUUUUUUCAAGACAGGUGUGUUGUGAUGCCUAAAUGUCUGCUCUUUUUUCCGUGCCUUUGUGAGAACUACAGAACAGACCAUGCGGGCAGAGCGCCUGACUGUUGCUGCAUUUCAAUCACUAUAU